GCCUUAGUGAACAAGAAGUGUUAAUACAAUUGUUGUAUGUGAUUUAAAAUAAAUUGUGAAUAGAACAUUUUACCAAGAAUAUGAAUCUACUAUUUGUUUUGACCAUUGCGUCAAGCGUGGCGAUAUUGAAUGCGGCAAUAGCUUCUCGCCACGAUAGUCGAAAAUGGUCCAGACCUCUCAUCGUAGCCGAAGAGGAACCCGAAGAACAACCAGAACCUGCAACUGAACUUCAAGCACCAUCUAAAGACAGCAUUGACUAUUAUUUGAGGCAGCCUGUACAAGAACCUUACAUAAUAACUAUACCAGAAGCACCAGAAAUUCAUAAGAAACAACCAAAAGGACAAGAUUCUUACUUACCUAGCCAAAUAGUGCUUCGAGUAGAGAGCAACCAGUCCAGUUUUCUCUGA